CGAUUCAGUGAUGUAUUAGUGCUUUAUCAAAGUUCCCACGAAGCCACGAACGCACGCACCCAUUGACAUGAGAUGGGGUAUACGCGUGUACUUGUCAACUUUCACAUCCUUUCACGUCGUCACUAGCGCGUCAUUCAAGAGGCCGUGGGACUCUUCCGGAGGAAUCAGAGCAGCUGGCUCACCGCCUCGCUCCCUACUGCCAGUCUUCCCCGAGGACCAGUGCCUGCUGUGGUAACGCCCCACCGCUACCCCAGCCUUCCCCUUAGCAGGAAAACCGCCACUAUGUCGAUGACACACCUGCCAGGCCGGCUGGUUUGCACGCUCCUAGUAUUUGCUGUACACCAUGCCUCGGCAAACCCCACAAAGACCGCUUUAAGGGACCCCAUCAUCAGUUACACCUGCCCGGUCAUGGUGAGGGUGGGGAGCCAGUUCGACCAAGCGCUCGUGUUUCUGCAGGAGACUAAUAUUUUCUACCUGAAGCCCAACAAGCCUGAGUUGAGCGUCAGGUUCCAGGGAGAAGAUUCGCUGUACAAGGCGUCGGUGGAAGGCACGAUGGUCAGUCUGUUUGGAUGUGACGCGAGAGGGGCCAACUGCGAGCUGCUGGACCAGGGCGGCACCAAGAGCAGCGACCUCCUUUCGGUGGACGAGUGGAACCUUGUCAAAUUCGACUACAUCAACGGCGACAUCACCGUGGACAUCAACAUGAUGACUCACGUGAUGGGCAAAAACAUGAUGCCGAUGGCCAAAGGUAAAGGCGGUGGCGGCGGCGGCGACUACGUCACCUUCGUUGUUCCUCCCAGAAGCCCCUUCUACGACGCCACACUUAAAAUCGAGUGUGAUGAUCCCGGGAGGCCUCCAUACAUAAAGAUUGAGCCGCUUGCCGUGCCCACCUCACCAGCACCCAGAACCUCCUUGCCGCUGGACUCCAUGGCGUUCCCAGAAUGUCCCGUGUACCGAGUAGAGGCGGACCACCCCACCCAUCCCAGCGGGGUGCCAGUCUCGGAGUCCUUCACCUUCGUCGUCUUCCCGAAUCAUCCCGCCCUACACAUGGAAAUCGUAAUUGGCCGCGUCAACAUCAAGUUAUGGGUGAACGGAACAAGGGGGGCGAUGCAGAAAUGCAAUCUGAUGAAUCGCCAAUGCAACCUGGAGGACGAGGCCUUCGGUGCCCACAACAUCCUGGAGCCCGGCACGUGGAACGAGGUGACCGUUUACCUGGAGGAAGACACUAAAAUGCUUAUAAUGAAAGUCAACAACACUGAGCUUCUGUCGAGCUUCCUCGGGUCAGGCAACUACAAGAGUCUUGAUGUGGUCGUCAAGGCGCCGCAAGGCCCAACCUACGAGGGCGGCGAGCACUUCGUCGCCUUCGUAAACGUCCGAUGUGUUGGCGGACAGCACAUCAUACAUCCCGGCACCGUCCAAACCCCCACGCAAGGAGGCCUCCCCACCAAGGACUCCAUUGUGGAGACCACCACCCCUGCCGCUCCGUCAGGCGUAUCGCGGAACAUCGGGAUCGUCGUCGGGGUGCUGCUGGGCGUGCUGCUCGUCAUCGCCAUCGCCGUCAUCAUCACCUACAGGAAGCGGCGCGUGGCUCCCAUCAACGAACAAUCGCCGCUACAGAAUCAGCAGCAGCAGAAGAAAUAGGUUACUCGAUUAUGAUAGCCUCGCCACACUAUAUAGUGAGAGGAUAUUGGGCUUCAGGAGGUGAUCGGCUGACCUAAACCUGAGUGAAACGACAUCAAACGAGCACUGGGAUGCUGCAUCUCUACCUUUCCUAAU